CUCUCCCGCCGCCCCCGUCGUCCAGCGCACCAAAACGCACCACGGCGACACCACCUCAACAAACCCUCUGCUGCCGCACGAUCAUGAAUCGAUAAAUGUCCGAGUCCAAGCUCGACCAGAUCGUCAAGGGCGCCCCGCCGCCCACCGUUACUGCGCCCCAGGUCGCUCAACAAGCCCGCUCCAGCGAUGCUGCCCCUUCGUCGCGCCCGCCCGACCCGACGUCGCUGCUGCCAUCGUCGCCGCCGCAGAUCUACCUCAACCUCCUGAUCCUCGAGGCCUCGCUACGCGCCCAGUACCUCACACUGCGCGCCCGCCGCCGCCAAAACACGUUUGUGCUGACGCUGCUCGCCGUGUGGAUCUUCUGGUUCUCGUAUGCCGUGGUGCUGCGCCCGCGCGAAGACGGCCGCGGCGUCGGCGGCAGCGUCUACUGGGUCAUCGACGUGAGCGAGAAAAUGUUCCUGAUCGGCGGCGUCGUCAUGGGCGUUCUGUUCUGGGGCACCGGGCAGUGGGAGCGCGGCGUGCGCUGGCCGCGCCGCUGGGUCGGCGUCGCCAACCGCGGCCUGCGCAGCAUGAACUGCAAAAUCGUGCUGAUCAAGGGCCCGUGGUGGCGCGAGCUGCUCAGCCACCUGAGCUUCCUGCUGCCCUACCCGCUCUUCUCCUCAAACCCGGGCAGCAGCUACCACUACAUCGAGUACCCGCUCAAACACCACCCUAGCCAUAGCCACCUGCGCCACACGACGGGCCUGCAAUCGGGCGGCCGCGAGAUCCUCGAGGAAGAUGUCGCCCCCGGCGGCGACUACAUCAAACUGCUGCUGCUACCGAAGCCCUUCUCGGCCGACUUCCGCCAAAACUGGGAAAUGUACCGCACCGAGUACUGGGAGAAGGAAAACGAGCGGCGCGCCGAACUCCGCAAGCGGCUGAAGCUGCGGGAGCUCGAGACGGCCAAACGCGAAGGCGGGUGGCUAUGGUGGACGGGCUGGCGCGGCUGGCGACGCGCCACGGGCCGCCCCGCAUCAUCCUCCGCAGCAGGGGGGGCAGCAUCAUCAGAGCGCCUGCCAUCGACACCGCAGCUGCACCACCACGGCCACAGCCACGGGCACACGCCCACGCCGCUGCGCGAGAAGAAGCGCCGGCCCAGCAUCCUCCGCGACCACGAGCGCGACCGCUCCCACUCGCGCUCCUCGUCGCGCAGCACGACGCCCCCACCGCGCGGUGGCAGCGGCGACGCCGACGAGAGCGCUAGCGGCAGCCCCGCCCGCCGCCGCUGGAGCAACAGCACUUCGGGCAGCGGCACGACGGAGCGGCGGCGCAGGAAGCCGCUCGCGGCCGGCGGCAGCGCGCUGGGGCUGGGCAUUGGCAUGCAGCAGCGGCUCGCGCCGGGGGGUGCUGGUGGGUCAGGGUCACGGCCUACAACGCCUACGGCUGGCGCGGGUGCGGAUGCGCCGACUCAGUCGAAGCGCGCGAGCGUGCUGAGUGCUGCUAGCACUGCUACGGAUAGCGAGCGCUCGGCGACGCUGACGCCGGAUUUGCCGGGCGUGGGGGGGACGCCGUAGCCAUGCAUGGAUGGAUUAUUUACUUAGUUGGUUGUUUAUUUAGAUGAAUGGAUGGUUGGGGGUCUACUACUACUACUCUACUACUACUACUACUACUACUACUACUACUACUACUACUACUACUACUACUACUACUACUACUACUACCACUACUACUACUACCACUACUACUACUACCACUACUACUACUACUACCACUACUACUACCUUACUCCAGCGCUCUCGGCGUACGCUUAUGCAAAUGCU